AUGGCAGCAAGUCUGAUGCCAAUUCAGCCACCGGUCGUCGUCCGAGCAUCUGCCUCCACCUCCGGCCACCAGAAGUCCGACUCACAACGCAAGAGCUGGUGGACUCCACUCUUCGGCUGGUCCUCCGAACCUGACUACAUUGACUCCGGAAACGCCGAUAAUUGCCGGAAGAAUACUACUACUACUACUACUACUACUUUAUCGGCGAGAUCGGGAGCAAUAUCUGAAUUGGAUCUGGAUCAGAGAACCGUUAGGUCUCGUAUAUCGCCGGGGAACUUUACUGAAGAAAAAGCGAGGAAGCUCCGGAUGUUGACGAAGGAAACGGAGUCGUUUCACGAUGCGAUGUAUCACUCCGCCAUCGCUUCUCGUCUCGCUUCCGAUUUCUCCGACCGUUCUGAUCUAUGA